GUCUAAACCUUGACGCCAGGCGUUAUCGGUUAUCCUCCGUUCUCACUCCCCAGCUAGUCCCCAUGACCGCCGCCCACCUCCUCGCUGCCGCCGCCGCCGCCGCCGCCUCCUCCUCCACCGCCUUCCGACCUCCUCUCCGCUGCCUCUCGCGACAGGCCCCUCCUGCUCUCCGGCUCAACCGGAGGCGGCCGUUCUCGGCGGUCCGCGCGGCCGAGACCGAUGCCAAAGAUGCGAAGCCCAAUGCCCCGGAGAAGGCGCCGGCGGCCUCCGGAUCGAGCUUCAACCAGCUGCUCGGCAUCAAGGGCGCCAAGCAGGAGAGCGACAUAUGGAAGAUCCGUCUUCAACUUACUAAGCCAGUGACGUGGCCUCCACUUGUAUGGGGAGUUCUCUGUGGAGCAGCUGCUUCUGGAAAUUUCCACUGGACAGUUGAAGAUGUCGCAAAAUCUAUAGUAUGCAUGAUAAUGUCUGGUCCAUGCCUUACAGGAUACACACAGACAAUUAACGACUGGUACGAUCGAGACAUUGAUGCAAUUAAUGAGCCUUAUCGUCCUAUUCCUUCGGGUGCUAUAUCAGAAAAUGAGGUAAUAACUCAGAUCUGGGUGCUAUUAUUAGCAGGGCUUGGAUUGGGUGCUUUGUUGGAUAUAUGGGCAGGGCAUGAUUUUCCUAUUAUUUUUUAUCUUGCUGUGGGUGGCUCCUUACUUUCUUACAUAUAUUCAGCACCACCUCUCAAGCUCAAGCAGAAUGGAUGGAUUGGGAACUUCGCUCUGGGUGCGAGUUACAUUAGCUUGCCCUGGUGGGCUGGCCAGGCAUUAUUUGGCACUCUUACUCCUGAUAUUGUUGUUCUGACUACUUUGUACAGCAUAGCUGGGCUAGGGAUUGCUAUUGUGAAUGAUUUUAAAAGCAUUGAAGGAGAUAGAACUCUGGGGCUUCAGUCACUUCCUGUUGCUUUUGGGAUGGAAACUGCAAAAUGGAUAUGCGUUGGAGCAAUUGACAUCACUCAAUUAUCUGUUGCAGGCUAUCUACUGAGCACUGGCAAGCUGUAUUAUGCCCUGGCGCUGCUUGGACUAACAAUUCCUCAGGUGGUCUUUCAGUUCCAGUACUUCCUGAAGGACCCUGUGAAGUAUGAUGUCAAAUACCAGGCAAGUGCGCAACCGUUCUUUGUCUUGGGCCUGCUCGUGACCGCCCUGGCGACCAGCCACUGAUGAAAGCAUCCACGACCUGAACUGAAACCGUAAGGCUUCUGCAGAGGAGACAGGUUGUGCUAGUGUUGGUGAAAUAAGGUUUCAGCGGCUACCUAUUGCCUACAUGGGUUAGCUGCCUGUGGGCAAGGUAGGAUAGUCUCCUUGGUUCCUAGAAUGCGGAUGGAAUUUUGGGUUACGUGAUGCAGGUGAUGCAGAAAAAGGGCUAGCGUUUGUAGCAGUAGAGGUCAGUAGAUGCACGCUAGACUGUUGUGCUCUCAGUCAGCCUCAGUCGGCUGUAACUUCGCACUGCUUUGAGCUUACUGUUUUGUGACUGAAAUAUAGGUGCUUCGAAUGCCGUGCUGCUGUAUUCCCUUGGGAGGUUGAAGCUGAUUUAACCCUGUAAAAACAGGAGCAAGCUGUAUUCCCUUGGGUUUUAAUGUAGUGUGGUUUCUUUCUGCGAAAUCAUGUAACUCUAAUCUACAUGACUCGAUCUAAGGCUGGUUUCAGGAGAGCUCUUCUGACA